AUGUCCGCGCUUCCAAGGUCAAUUGGCUCACGCCUCAUCCCAGCGACUCUUAGGCCUGUUGCCACCAGGGCCGCAACCCCUCGUUUCCGCACAUAUGCCACCGACGGUUCGAGCACCGAACCUCCAACGAAGACGAGCCCCAGCGAUGCUCCCGCCGUAAGACACACCGAGACGACCAAUAUUCGAGAGGCAGGCCCUGCCGAGGGUGCCAGUCAUCAGCCCGACUACAAUGUUGCCGUGGAUUACCGAACCUCUAACUUCUCCCCGAUCCCCAGGCGUGUGAUGGACGGAAGCGAGCCAGGCGAGUCUGUCGCCGCUGCUGUUCUCUCUGGCGCCCCGGUCGAUCUUCAGGCUAGGACUGUGCGGAUCUACCGUCCCACUAAGCCUGCCACUCAGUCUGGCGACUGGCACUCUCAUCACUGGUUGAUGGAUUGGGAUCCUCUCCAGAAGGGCUGGCGAUGGGAGAACCCAUUGAUGGGAUGGCAAUCAUCUGCCGAUUUCAUGAACGGACACAGGAUACAGUUCAAGACUAAGGAGGACGCCAUUGCAUUUGCCAACAAGCAGGGCUACGAAUACUUUGUGCAGGAGCCCAACGAGCGCAAAUUUGUCCCCAAGGCAUAUGCCAACAACUUCACGCACAGCCCAAAGAAGCUCAAGAUGAUCCGAACAAAGUAGAGAUAUCACCUAAAAUUGGAUGGGGCAAUGGGGUUGCAUCGCAUGUAUAUACAAGUCUGAAUUGUAACAUUUCCUUUCUCGGCGUGAAUUUCGAUGCAGUGAUAUCAGGUUGUGAGUUUCGUGCGCUUUCAGCCACCUAGGAUACGCCAGCGCUCCAAACGCUCCUGGCUUCUCGCAGGAUGAACCUGCACCGACCUUAACAGAGGUUCCUUCCAGACAAAUCAAGCAAAUCAAACAGCGUAGUUUCCGUUCGCAAAG